AUGGUAAAAAUUUCUUUAGAAAACGUUCAAAUUUUUGCAGAUGUUGAUUCAAAACCACAAUUUGCUCCUUCAACAACAACAGUUGCAGAUAUCUUAACCAAAGAUGCUUUAAAAUUUGUUAUUUUAUUACAUAGAACGUUCAACGAAACACGUAAACAAUUAUUAAAAAAUCGUAAAUUGCAACAGGAUCAAUUGGAUUCAGGUAAAAUUAAUUUAAGUUUUUUAAAUGAAACAAAAGAAAUUAGAGAUGAUCCAAUUUGGCAAGGUCCAAUUUUGGCUCCAGGUUUAAUUAAUAGAUCAACAGAAAUUACAGGCCCACCUUUAAGAAAUAUGUUAAUUAAUGCUUUGAAUUCUCCAGUUAAUACGUAUAUGACCGAUUUUGAAGAUUCUUUGGCACCAACUUGGUUAAAUAUAGUUUAUGGUCAAGUUAAUUUAUUUGAUGCUAUUCGUGAUCAAAUUAACUUUACCACUCCAAGAAAGGAUUAUAAAUUAAAUAAAAGUUUCGCAAAUUCUCCAACUAUUAUUGUUAGACCAAGAGGUUGGCAUAUGGAAGAAAAACAUGUGUAUGUUGAUGGUGAACCUAUUAGUGCUUCAAUUUUUGAUUUUGGUCUUUAUUUUUAUCAUAAUGCAAAUAAGUUAAUAUCUUUAGGGAAAGGUCCUUAUUUUUAUUUACCUAAAAUGGAACAUCAUCUUGAAGCUAAAUUAUGGAAUGAUAUCUUUAAUGUAGCUCAAGAUUAUUUAUCAAUUCCAAGAGGUACCAUUAGAGCUACUGUCUUAAUCGAAACUUUGCCUGCCGCCUUCCAAAUGGAAGAAAUUAUUUAUCAAUUAAGACAACAUUCAAGUGGAUUAAAUUGUGGUCGUUGGGAUUAUAUCUUCUCAACUAUUAAAAAAUUAAGAAAUGAUCCAUCUCAUAUCUUACCAAAUAGAGAUCUUGUCACAAUGACAUCUCCGUUCAUGGCUGCUUAUGUUAAAAGGUUAAUUAACACCUGUCAUCGUAGAGGUGUUCAUGCAAUGGGUGGAAUGGCUGCUCAUAUUCCAAUUAAGGAUGAUGAAUCUGCUAAUAAUAUUGCUAUGGAUAAAGUCCGUAAGGAUAAGAUAAGAGAAUUGACAAAUGGUCACGAUGGUUCUUGGGUGGCUCAUCCAGCUUUAGCUCCAAUUUGUAAUGAAGUUUUCAGUAACAUGGGUACCCCAAACCAAAUUUAUUUUGUUCCUGAUGUGAAUGUUACAGAAAUUGAUUUAUUAAACACUAACUGUGAAGGAGCUAAAAUUACUACUGAUGGUAUUAAAGUUAAUUUGGAUAUUGGUUUGCAAUACAUGGAAGCUUGGUUAAGGGGAUCUGGUUGUGUUCCAAUUAAUAACUUAAUGGAAGAUGCCGCUACAGCCGAAGUUUCUCGUUGUCAAUUAUACCAAUGGGUUCACCAUAAUAUUGUUCUACAGGAUACAAAUGAACCAAUCACUCCAGAGAUUACUGCCAAGAUUCUACAAGAACAAGUGGACAUUCUUGCAGCUAAGAGCCCAGUUGGUGAUAAGAACCAAUUUGCUUUGGCCGCUAAGUACUUCUUACCAGAAAUUACAGGUGAAAAAUUCAGUGACUUCCUAACAACAUUAUUGUACGAUGAAAUUGUCACCAAGAAGGAAAAACCAAUUGACAUUGCUACUUUAAAAUAA